GUGUACUCGUCGGUCGGGAAGAGCUUCACUUUUCCCAUUUACCCAAAGAGCUUUGUAGCACUCGUAGCACAUUUACGUGAUGUUCCCCUCGUGCCACGGGCCCCGCAGCCGCAUGGGGUGGCUGGGCGGCGGGGCGCCAGGGGCGGACAGGAGCCACAGGGCGACGAAGAUGCCGGUCAGAGAAAAGGCGGCGCAGAGGCACUCUCCCGGCAGGGGGAUGGUGGCGCGGCGGUCUGGCAGUGCGAUUGGAUCCGGAUCCUGUGGCACCCCACGGCCUACAACGGCGAGGAGGCCCGGCGAUUGCCCCUGUGCCUGGAGCACAACGAAGCGGCGGCGGCGGAGCUGGCCGGUUUCGAGAAGACCCUGGUGGCCCAGCUGGCCAGCCGCUCCAUGGCGGAUCCGAAGCUCUUCGGCCGCAUGCUGACCACGCAGGACACGGAGAGCCGCUUCGUCUCUUGCCUGAAGACCUCCACGCGAGGGAAUUCCUUCAUCAAGCUCAAGGUCUGCCUGGACCGGGUGAAUCUCUGGGAUGCCCAGAUGCAACCGUUGCACGAGCUGGGGGACCUGACCAACCGGCAGUGCAAGGUGCGAGCUGAGCUCAAGCAGGUCUGGAUGAUGAGCGGCCAGUGCGGCUUGCUCAUCGAAGUGACCGAUCUCAUGCUGAAGGACGAGGAGCCCCAGCGGUGUCCAUUCUGA